GCCUGGACGGGGUGUCCGCUGGUCGGAAUCAAACGUCGCCUCCUUCUUCAAAACUCGUUUGAGAGUAAUUGAAAAUCGAGCCUGAAGGAAAAAUAAUCGGAGUUUGUGCAUCUGGAGGAGGAGAAGUGACGUGUAUCCACUGGAGAGUCGUUCAGGAUGAACCGAGUCCCGGUACAGCGACAGUCAAAGAGGAGGCUGUCCUUGUCAAGUCCAAAUGGAACAUAGAGUGUUUGCAAUGAUGUUAGAAAUAUAGAUAAACCAGUUGUGUUAGUCGGUGUGAAAGUGUUGUAGGAUCGUAUACCUUUUGGCCUUGAUACACUAAACUGAUGGAGUACACUGACAGAGUGCUGUGUGGGACAGGGGAGGUGGAGCUAGACCCCGACAUUGUCAGUGAAGAGGCUGGAAAACUGUAUUCAGAACUACAGACGGUUAUCGAGACCCAUGGCGAAGGUGUGGUGGCGACGCUGGUGCCCAUUUUUGUGUGGGUGCUGGAGGGGCUGGCCAGCUGUAAAGCCCAGCUGAGAGACCGGGAGGAGGAGGCGGAGAGGGAGAAAGCUGAGCGAGAGGAGCUGCUAGAGAGAUACCAAGCAGAGAAAGCACUAAGGAAAGGAAGUCAAGAGAGGUAUCUGGAGCUGGAUGACCAAAUCGAGCAGGAGAGGAGAGCCAUGAAGGGGAGGGAGAAGGGGAGAGAACGACGAGAGAGGGAGCUAGAGAAGAAAGCAAGACAGCAAGCGGAUCAGUUGGUGGCCUUGGAGGAGCAGAAAGGAAAUCUAAGUAGAGAGCUGAGCUCACUGAGACAUUCUCAUAACAAGUUGGCUCUCCAGUGUCGGGAACUUCUGGAAAAGAGAAAGGAUUCUGAACGGGAUUCUCCUCUCAGGAAUCACCUGCGUUCCAAGAAUGCUGAAUCUCCAUCCCAUCAAGUUUUGUCAGAAUCCAGUGUUAAUGAGAAGAUGAUUCAAAGACCACAUUCACACUCUGGUCCCCCCCGUCUGGAGGACCUCGUGGCCAAGGAGGACAAGGCGAUUGACAUUGCAGUGAAGUCCCCCACGGAUCAGUUUAUCAAUGACAUCAUAAGCUCCACUCCUGAGCUGGCCCAGUUUCACGGCCCUGUGGAUGCAAGACAUAAAGAUGAGGAGACACCAAGAGAUGAGUCAGAAGCAAGCUUGGAGGAAGAGAUGAAGGUGGAGGAGGAGGAUAAGGGAAACAAGGAACACAUAGAAGAAGAGGGGAACAUGCAUGGAAAAGAUAAGGAGGAGGUGGAAGAAGAAGAUAGUAUGGAGUGGGAGCUUCGCAACAACGACUCUGUGUUUUCUGAACUGUCAGAGCUGAGUCGGGAUUAUGUGGAGAGUGUGGACCGCGGGGCCAGUGUCAGAGGCAGUGCGGACCAGUUUGAGGAGAUUCUUUCUCAGUAUGAGGAACUGAAAGUCACUUACGAGUUGGUAGACGCUGCCCGCAGAGCUCUGAUAUCUCGGGUAGUUGAGCUGACUGAUGACCGUUCAGCUCUGAAACUGGAACUCACCUCUCUGCAGGAAACAGUCUCUCGAUUAGAGGGGCGGGUGAAGGAGAAGGAUGACGAAACUAAAAGACUUCGUAAAGAACUGGAAUCGUGUCAACCUGAGGAUCCUGAAGCCUCUUCGCGUUACUUCUCUCGUUCGGAAAUGGCUCGUGUUGUGAUGGAGAAGAACCAGUAUAAGCAGCGUCUGUUUGAGCUGCAGGAGGCAGUGAGACAUAGUCAGACAAUCAGAGCAACAAAGGGAGAGCGGUUAACAGAGGACAGAAGUGUUUGGAGAAGGUUCAACCGCUUGUUCGGCCUGUCAAAGGAAACCUUAAUCCCACCUCCUGCGUCCGUAAUCCUCUCACCAGCUUCCCCAUCAGUCGCUCGCUCUCCUGUGAGGUCCCUGCAGCUCCCGCCUGUCACUCACACUCAGGCUGAGUCAGCCUCUCCAGCUGCUCUCUCACCUCGCGCCAGGAGGAAGGAGCUCUACAGAGAAAUCCGCACGCACAUUUGGGGAACUCUGGGAAGACGGCAGAUACAUGGCUGGAGCACCGCGCUGGCAAACAAUCAGGAUCCCCAUGAACCUGCCCCAGAGCCUAAAGAUGUGCCGGUUCUAGUGCAGCUCAGGUUGUUGGACCAGAGAGACUCCACUGCUAAGUUGAACUGUGCUGUUUCAGUCACACCUGAAGUCUCCGGCGAGGCCACGUGUUCUGUAUGGGUAGUUUCUGGUCCUGCCUCCAGCAGUGAUAUUACAGUGAUUGAUCCAGCACGCUCCAACACAGUACUGGAUAGGUUCAGCCUCCCUCCCACUGCACCCGCACUCUGCAUCUGUGCCGUGCCUCCCAUAGGUGGCACCGCAGGAACUGUGUGGAUUGGAACUCAGGAAGGAAGUAUACUGGUUCAUUCGGCUUCUGUUAGCAGGAGGGACUGUCUGCAGUCUGUUUUCCUGUCAGAGGGUGUUUAUUCACUUACCUAUUCCCAGGGUCAAGUUGUAGCUGGUUUAGCUGACGGGUCCUUGGCGUUUUUCUCACAUGGCUCAGGUGGCUGGAAUCUGCAGUCGCACUCAGUGGUGCCGCUUGGAUCAAACCCUAUGCAGCCUAUUCGCUGCUGUCUUGCAAAAGAUGGCCGCUUGUGGGCGGGAUACUGGAACAGAGUCCAUGUGGUUGACAUUGACCAAAAGAAGGUUGAGCAAACAUUCUCAGUGUCUGAGCGCAGUGAGCAGCAGGUUCGUUUCCUGUGUGCCGGUGGGAGUGGUGUUUGGACCUCAUGUCGACUUGAUCCAAUCCUCAGGCUGUUUGACUGGUUCACUGGACGGCCGCUGCAGGAAGUGGAUUUUUCAGCUUUGGCCAUUAAAACAUUAGGCCAACACUUCCUCACACUUUCGCCUCUGCAAAUCGCCUCUCUCUCUGUCAUCUCUGGUCGUCUGUGGGUGGGCACCGGAGGCGGAGCCAUUUUCUCCAUCCCAUUAUCCAUCACAUCGGCAGCUGUUUCCAUUCCAUAUUGCUCCAUUGCAUCGGCCCAGCUGUGUUACCAUGGACACAGACAAGCUGUCAGAUUCAUCAUUGCUGCACCCGGUUGUUUGAUGACCUCUCCUGGCAGCAGCACUGUAACUACCUCUCAGUUUGUCCUCAGUGGAGGAGAGGGCUACAUCAACUUCAGAAUAGGAGACGACGCGAGCGACACAUCGGAUGAGUCGACCCAAACUACGCCUCAACGGUCGGACCGCAGUCACAUGAUCAUCUGGCAGAACACCACCCCCUCUGUGCCCAGCCCGGCCCUCUGACAUUGAUUGAGGGGAAAGAUGAAUAUGACGUAGAUAUAGAAUCACCAGCAGACAACAGUGAAAAGGGUGCUUUCAUGAACUAAAUGGAAAAAAACAUCUCAGUGUGGCAGAAAAAGAGAAAGAAAAUACAGGAUUUACACUGUUUCCUUUUUGUUUACCUCAUUCAUUUUGUGUAUAUGUUGUGACUGGAUUAUGAAUGGAUGGUGCCUUCAUCUGAUUUUAUAUCAGUGUUGUAUAAUAGAUUAGUAAUUCAGCUGCUUGAUUCUCAAUAGAUCGUUUUUAACUUUGUACUAACACUGCACUCAAUCUCACUGACAAACAGCUCUUAUAAAUGUACUGCUGGUCCAAGAACCUGCAGAUUUGUCCUUAUUCCACCAUGUGACACAGGGUCUGUGGAUCAUUAUGUUAAACUUCAUCAUGUGGCUGCUUUUCAAGCUGCUGUGUAGGUGUUUGUUCUUAACUGUGAUCUGACCGUCUGUGUCUCUCAACUCUCACCUUAAAGACAAUCAGUCAGUUUUUAAAUCUGUUGACGCUGCAAUGAGAUCUGUGAUACUUUUUUACAAUAUCCAUGUAUGAACUAAAAUUGUGCCCUUCCACAUUGCAAGUGGUGUAAUUACAAAUAAGUGCACAUUAUAAAUGUGUUGAUAUCUCAUCCCCUAAAUGGAAAGUGUUACUUUCUGUCCUUAAAAUGUAUUUAUUUUCUAUUUUACUUCUUUCCUUUGUGUAUUUUAUUUGAAUGGCAUGAAAUGCUUUGGAUGUCUUAAUUUAUUUCAUAUUCUCAUUUGAUUUCAUUUAUCUUUUCUAAAAUAAGGGAGGGGGAAUUAUUUCAAGUGUCCUUUGAGGUAUUUAUGUGAAGUUAAAGGUUUAUGCACACAUGUCUUCAUGACAGCUCCUUGUACAGAGAUUAAGAUUUGAGUUGACUCAGUUGUGCCGCAACGUUAUUUUCAUCAUUAAAAUGUCUUCAGUGUCAGUGUAACUUUUA